AUGGACCGCCCGGAGCCUGGACUGAUCAAAUGGUCGCAGAUACCCGGCUUCGACAGCUUUAUCCACAUAAACCUGCAACAUCGCGUCGUGCAGCUAUAUGAGCCCACCGGACUUGCACAGAGGAACCGCUUCGAUUACACAAGACUUUCAAAGCACGAUGAUUUCCCAACGCUCACUACCUAUGACUGGUCGCCAACGGUCCCAGGUCUCCUGGCCGUCGGCACUCAAACGGGCGUCGUCAACUUGCUCAGGAUGGACGACAACUCCAACGCCUACAUUGAAUUGAACCUCAAAAUGACAAGAACAUGUCAGGCGGUGGCAUUCAACACCGAGGGUCUUCUUGCAGUUGGCUUGGAUAGAGUGCGCAUGGAUCAGUGUCUACACAUUUGGGACGUAAACAGGUUGUCGACGAUGAAUACGGCCGCCAAAGGCUUUCCCAAGGAUCUCCACGCUUUCUCAGACCCAGCAUAUCGACUGGAACACAGCGUGUCAGUGUCGAGCGUUAAAUUCUUUGAAGAUAACCCAAAGACGCUGGUGGUCGGUAUCAAAGCCCAAGGUCUACACAUCCAUGACCUGCGAGAACCUGGCGCUGUUGUGACCUUCCAGACCAAGUGUAACAACAACCUGGCCAUCGAUUACGCUGACCAGAACUACUUCGCAUCAUCCGCACUGGAUCAACCUGGCAUCAUGAUUUGGGAUAGACGAGCAACGUCUCGUCCAGUUGCCUCGCCAUCUUAUCUGGGCGCCGUUGACGAGGACGACCUUCCGUGGGGUGGAGCCUUGAGACUCGACAGAGUGGUUGAGAUGGAUGACGAUUCCUCAUUGAGCGAAAGCAAGCACUCCAUCGUCCGUUCAUUGCGCUACUGUCGAGACCGACGGGGUCUCCUGGCUGUGCUGUCUCGAUCCGGCCAGCUCAAGGUCUUGGAGACGAACAAGGAGAUAACGCAUCGCGACAUGGCCCUUGAAGGUAGCCCAGAGCUUCUCGAGGUCCACAAAUCCCACGACAUGGAUGUUCAAUACGGCGAUAGCGGCAGGAAGAAUGACAGAAUUGUCUCUUUUGACUGGGUGACGCUCGACUCUUCGGUCCUGCAGCCUCGUCUCCUCGUCUUGCGGGCCAAUGGGUCCUUUGAGAUCCUCGAACAACCGUCGUAUACCUCUGAUUAUCUGUAUAAGCUGACACCUUGGCAACCACCACAUCGUGGACUAGAAGAAGGAGGACCUUACCACGAGAUUAUGGAAUUUGAGCCGUCCCAGUCUUCUGACAUGCUCGGUCCCUUGUUUGUUGAGGAAGCACUGUCCGACAUUCCUAUUUUUGGCCCCGACAAGGCCGAUGUUCAGACUAUCGUGGAUCAGACAUUGCAGUCACAGUUCUCUGCAGCAGAUCUCAACAGUAGGUUGACGGGCAAUGAUGCCAGCUCCUCGUCGCCCAUCGAUAAGUCCAAGUCUACUGCAGAAAAGAUGCGAGCUCUGAGAACGGAACUUAAGGAGAAGGCAAGGAAAGCAGAUGCGAAUGGCGGCGAGAGCUCCAUCAUGGAAGAAUCAGUCAGCUCGCUCGCCCAGUUAUCACUGUCUACCGAUGGGCCGGUCUCGUGUCGUCACAUGCAUGAAUCUCUUCUUUCGCUGCCCCUGAAGGCUCAGGACUUGUCGACGAAGGCACAGUGUCUCCUAGACCACGUCAUGCUUCUUCGUGCGAAGGAGAAGUACCUUUUUGAUUGCAGUGUCAAUCGUGUCGUGGUAGCCGAUGAUCCGUGGUUGCGGUAUAUGUGGGAUUGGAUUUCAGACGCCGAAGAUGCUGCAGCGGAUGGAGGCAUGAAGUUGUCGCCGCUCGACCUUAGUUAUAUGGGCGUCUGUACCAUCUGGUGUGAUGAUUUGGGCCGGAAGCCAUCAUCCAGACUUCCAGAGGCAUCUCCGAUCCCCGAAACGACGUUGUGGGAGAAGUGUAUUGGAAGCAUUUGUAAGAAGCGGCGACUACCAAAGUACGAAGGCAUCCACACCAAGAAGCCUUUCCACAGACAGCUGUGUCUAGAUAUCUGCGAAUGGGGGGAUACGGCGGCACAUGAAGCCAGGGGAGCAGCGACACACGAUCCCAGCCAAGACUAUCCGACAACGGCACACACGAUGGCAGCAGCUCGGGCUCUCUUCAAGGGCAACACGCAGGAGGCGAUUGGAAUUCUGAAGACGGCGAGCGUAACACACCCAGAGUUGUUAUUUGUCUCUCUCGCCCUGCAACUCAUCGGAAAGAGCAAUCAUCACCUUAACAAGGAGCAGCUCGAUUUCGACGAGGCCGUGGCAUCGAAAACGGACCCCUAUCUAAGGGCAAUCUCGUCACUAAUUGCCACGGGAGACUGGUUCGCCAUUGCAAACCAAAAGUCCCUGCCCCUGUCAGACCGGGCCUACGUUGCAGUGCGGAACUUUAGCGACGAGCAACUCACCAAGUGGCUCAACGAACAGGUCUCAAUGGCUGUGAGUACGGGAGAUAUUGAGGGCAUUGUUCUCACGGGCAUAACGGACAGGCUGGUGGACAUUUUCGCCAAAUACGUUGAGAAGUUCAACGACUUCCAGACGGCGACGCUAGUCAUGUCGAUAUGUGCGCCACGUUACAUUGACGACUACCGUUGCCUGGCUUGGAGGAAUGCGUACAGGACAUAUCUACAGCGGCACAAGGCCUUCCUCCAGAGGACCAAGUUCGAGGUGGAGAGCACGAAGAAGAGCAAGCGUGGUGAGCGCCCAACGAUCAAGCCGCCCUCGCGCCAGAUUGCGCUCCGGUGCGUGUACUGCGACGCGGAGACGACUCUCGCUGGACAGGGAGGAGUCGGGUCGGGACCGCCGCCUGGGGCGCCUGAUUCACGUAACCCCCUUAUGGCGACGAGCAUAAAUGCGGGAAUCAGCUGUCCCAACUGCGGUCGGCAUCUGCCGCGGUGUGUUGUGUGUCUUGAGGUGGUGGGCGUUCCGAGAUCUGACCGACCGGAGCACAACGGUGAGCCGGAGAGGUGGAUGGCAGCCAACUUCCCAACGUUUUGCUUGAAAUGCGAACACGUUCUGCAUCUGGACCAUGCGAGGCAGUGGUUCACGAGGCACGUUAAGUGUCCGGUACCCGAGUGCCGUUGUCGAUGCAAUUUCAGGGCGAACCCAGAGCUGAACUAUCACUGA